GUCGACAUUUUGCUUUUGAGGUGAAUAAUCGACUGUUGUGUACGAUCACUUUUUUACUGUAGACAGUGAUAAGGUAGGCCUAUGGCAUACUUGUCAGUGAAUACAGUGAUAUUGUGUCAUAAUGAUCAAUGCACAGAAUAAGAAUCACAAAGGUCCCGACAAAGGUACAAACAAAACAGUGAGUUCUGCACCAUGCACGUACAGUACAUCUCUACAGAUCAAGGCUUUGAACAGUCAUGCAUGACUUUGUGAAAAACCAUGGAAGUAUACUUCAUAACACGAGUCACGCGGAAACUAUCUCAACCACAAUGCUGCGAGUUGUUUGUAUUUUAUUUGUGUGCAGUGGAAUCUUCAACAAAGACUUUUUGGUGAUAAUCGCAGGGGUUAUUCCCGAUUUUGUAGAGAACAUAUCAGACGUUAACUGGGAUUAACGAGAAAGGCCUAAGAAAAUAAUUUGAUUGUUUACGCAAUUGGAGGAUAGGAAGAAGGGGGAAAUGGCGGGAAGCUCGAAACCUUUUAACUUGCUUGUCAUUUCGAAAAUUGUUGUCAUGAUCGUGUGUCUUGUUCACAACAGCAAAGCCUACCCAGGUGGAGCUCCAAUACAAACCUGCAGUCAUAUGACUCCACAGCAUUCUUCAAGUCCCCAGACAUCGAAUAGUCCAUAUACCAUGUCAAUAAGUCAUGCAGCCUAUACGCCAGGACAGCAGAUUACCGUCACUGUCACUGACACAUCGACUGUUUCGUCGGGAUUCAAAGGAAUUCUGAUGCAGAUGCGUAGAAAGGACAGCGAUGGUGUCGUCGGUACAUGGACAGUGGAGAAUACUGCUAAUUUCAGGACCAUAUCAUGUAACGGGAACCCUGACGCCGUUACACAUGCAAAUGGGAAUGAUAAAGGGGCCACCAACACGUUCACGUGGACAGCACCACAAGAUUCAAAUCCUGGCGACGUUUAUGUUGUGGCGACCUUUGUGAAAGAUUUCUCAACGUUCUGGGUCGAGCAGACCUCUUCUUAUAUCGGAGCUAAUUAAUCCUCGAAUACAAAGAGUAGCCUACAGAAGACACACUCGAGGCAAUUCAAGAUUAUUGGACUCAAUUGUGUUUUUACAGAAUUUUACUUAAGUUCUGAUAAUCAUGUUAAUAUUAAUAUCAACUUACUUCAGAGAUGUAUUGAUAUAAUAUAUUAUUUUCCUUUUUCUCAAUUACUUUCGUUUUCUCAAUUUGAUGAUAUUGAAUUGAAUUGGCUUAUUGAAAAUUAAACAGGCAGCUCACAGGCUCAAAAUGUUUAAUUGACAAAAGCUUGAAAGAAAUUGUAAAAGUAUACAAAGGUAAGACACAUAUAAUGGGUUAACUUAACAUUAAAAAAAUGCCCACUGCGACUGAUAAAAUAACAUAAUUCAUUAGUUUUCUAUUAUUUUUUAUAUCAAAAUACACAAACAAAUGGUCGAUAAGAUGAAAAAAUAAAGGAAAAUAAAUGGUUUGUUAAGGUCAAUAAGCCAAAUGUGAUUGAAUUAGAUAAAAACAUGUCAUGGUUGUAUAGAUUCUAUAGAGCACAUUACUAUGAGUAAAUUAAAAACAUUGAUUUAGAUUAGAAAUAGGUUAAAAUAAUGUCAAAAGAAACGGCAAAUUCAAUGUAAAAUGCAACAAGAGUAUGUGAAAAGCAACAAGGAAAUUUGAUGAAGAAACAGUUGAUACCGUAGAGAUAUUACACAUUAUUCGACAGAUAAGCUAGAUUGAUUGAACUGUUAUACUUAAGUUAUUUAAUGAUUAAAAAAAAUCUCUGUAGAAUGUCCUGUCAUUUGGGUUUUACCCCCCCCCCCCCCCGAUCUAAAUUUCCCAGAGUAUAAUAGCGCUUCUACAGAGAUACGCAUCUUGUUCUCGAGAUCUCCAAAAAACAUACUGAAAAUCACUGGCUGAUCCAAUGGACGGAGGGGCACAGUCGACCCGUGCCCCCGCACCCCCCCCCCCUUCCUUCAGAGCGAAGACCUUUUUUCCUCGGGAAAUUCUGUCCUCCCCUUUUGAAAAAUCCUGGAACCCUGCUUUAUAAAAUGUUCCAUUUUGGGGCCAGAAUAUUAACUCUCACAGGACUUUUUUUCACUGUUUACUAUAUUCAUUCCACGGUUUACUAUACAUGUAUUCAUUCAAAUGAACUUAUUGGAUAGAUUUGAUCUUUAAAAAUAUAUUGUAAGUGCAUCUUUUCAUGGGAAUAAAGUUGAAUACUUAACUA